CAGGCAGAACCAGCAUCACCAAGAAAAGUUAAUAGAGUAAGGAAAGGGAGAGAACUCUGUAGAAAGAAAGGGAUAGAUUAUCCAGUAGAUUUAUGGUAUCAAUUAUCAUACUAUGUCUAUCCUGAAUCUGUUUCCGUCUUCUCCAGACUGUGUAAAUCAACCAAUCAAAUUGUCUGUACUGUUGCCUUCUGGAAAAAUCUAUACCAAAGGUUUUACAAUAAGGAAAUCAAACUCCCUAAAACUUUACAACCUCUUUGUUUAGAGAGGAUACAUAGUCUUCAACCCAAUGUUGUUCGAGCACUGUAUCAUUUUUACCAACCAUUUAUAGAUAGGCUUAAUCCAGCCAGUACAUUUGAAGCUGAGCCACACAAACUGAUUGGUCGAAGAUGUCUGCUCUAUUGGUACCAACCGGUGAAAAAUAUGUGGAACUUUUGCUUCAAAUUGGUGCGACCAGGAAUGUCUUGUCGAACAGUCUGUAAAAACCAACGGACUUAUAUUGACAAUUAUGACGAUAUAUUUUACAAUGUUGAAGAAGGGUGUACCAUAUUACAAGUGACUUGUUCCCAUUUUCUAUCUUUACCGAUAGCUAUGGGACAAAUUUUAAACCAUGUGCACCUAACUGUAUCUGGGCAGGGCUUUCGGUACCAUACUCUACGUUUGGUGUUUGAUACUCGCUAUCAGCAUAAUCGCGAUGCUGUAGGUACUACUGUUGUUUUAGAUUCUGUUGUGAAUAUCAAAGUCAUUCCAUGGUGGGACCCAAAAUAUCCUUUUAGUUCAUAA